AACCUUGGAUUUUUAAUAAUUUCUUUUUGCAAGGUUUCAAACAUGACAACUAUGAACAAAUGAAUGCCACAAAAAUUUUAUGGGAUUCAGUUUUUCCAAAUUAGGGGCAUCAUCAUUCACUAUAGUAUGGGGGUUUAAUCAAAUUACUGGGCAUUUGAGAUUGUAUUUCUAUGCAUCAAUGAGAAUGAGAUGCUUCAUUUAGCUGUUUCAUCAUGGAAAAUUAUUGUAUUGAGUGUGUUUUAGUCUCAUCUUUGAGCCAUUUCCUUUAUCAUUUGAUUAUGAAUUUUGUAGUUUCAUUUUUUUUUUAAUUUUAAUUUAGGCAGCCCUGGCUCAUUGUUUCUUGUUUUGCCAUAGACAGUUAUUCAGUAAUCUCUCUGUGCUUUUAAAAGGAUUUUCAUCAAAUUCGUAAGGUAUAGAUAAACUAGAUGGCUAUACGAAUUCAGAACUUGCCCAAGAAAAAGUUUGGUGAAGCCCAGUUUACUUUUAGUUGCCCAGCAUGGUGGCAUUCGAAUGGACAGCAAAUUCCAGAGUCUUUAUCAAAGAAUGUAAGCUUUAAAGUGGACUCUCCACCCCAACUUUAUCACAAAGAAAAGCAUUUACGUCUUCAAGUCCUGGACCAAGAGUCAUCUUCAACUCAAUCAGUUGGUCAAUCUCGCAAUGAAGUGGGCGCUGUUGGGGGAGCCAGUUCACCAGAUCAAUGCAUUUCGUCUAAAUCUGGUGAAGAUGAAGGUUGUGGGAAGGGUGCCGAAGGCAGAAUGAAGCCAGUUUUCUUGUUUAGUAGUCCAGAAAUUGCACUUAAUUUUUCACAAACUGAAAAUAGUCACUCGGUGGCUUGUGCUCCCUCUCCCUAUGCUGAUAAUUACUUUGGUGGACUAUUUACCCUAUAUGGACUGCAGACUGUUGUAAGUUUUUGUUGAUUACAUCUUGUUUGUUUGCUGCCAUCUGCAGGCACAUUUGUGCCAUGCAGUUGUUUUUAUGUAGGAAAGAUUGUGUACCCAUUGGAGCAUGUGAUUUCUACAAG